AUGAAAUUGGCUUCGGAUUCAAUACACGCUCCUGUAGAAAUCGGUGAUAAUAUAAUUAUACCAAUUCCUGAUGUCGACAGAGCAAAAGCAGAUCUUCGUAAUAUUAUCGGAGUGAUUCUUCAAAAGGAUGAACAGGGUUUGCACAAAAUUGGAACGAAAUAUGGAAUACUCGAUAAAUUGUAUUGCAGGUCAGAAUUUGACAUGUCCAAAGAAAACUUCUUGCCACUAGAAGAAGUGCCAGAGACAAAUGUAUCUUUAAGAACUGCUGCCAGGAGAGCAGCCUUAGGAACAGGCCAAGGAUUUGCUCGCUGUUUGUGUAAGAAGUCGUGUAUGUCGAAGAGGUGCUUUUGUAGAAAAAAAGGCAAUUUGUGUAACUCGAAAUGCCAUGAUAGUUUGCCUUGCAAUAACAAGUAAUGUAAACUUAAUUUUUAUAUUUAUGUUCCUUUAUUAAAUGAUUAUUUUUGUAUGACUUUAAUUAAUAUUACUGGUGUUGUUAUAGUUUUAAUAUUGCCUACAUGGCUCUGUGAUUUUCCU